AUGGAGUCCGAAUCCAAGCGCCGAAAGCUCGACCAUAGCGGCCACGGUCUUCGCCACAAGGGCUUGAUCGACUUUGAGUCCCGCGACGCUACUCGACUGUCAGCCGCCAGCACAUUUGUUUUAAAAACGGACGAGCUUCUCAAGGAGACCAAACUCGUUUAUUCCGUUGCGUUCAAGGGCCUUGACGGUCAAUUGCACAAAAUAAAAAGCAUCAUCGACUCGAUAGAGCCCCAUGACCCUGCACCUAUCUACGAAGCCUCCACCAAGUUCGAAAAGAAGCAUCGCAUUACCAUUCCUUACCCCGAACCGAAGCCCACCAAAGAAUCCAACUACAAAGUAGCAUUCUCUCCGCCGGCGCAAUGCAAUGUUGUCGGCAGCUUUGUCGGCAAGACAAUGACCAAGUUGCAAGAGCGCCUUGGAAUCGACAUGGUUGUCCAGAUGCCCAAGACCCUCUUCCAGGAUAAGGACUACCUUUAUUUGCGCUACUUUUACCGACGAGCAUACUACAUUGCAUAUAUCGCCUCAAAAUUGAAGUCUGAUCUCGGGGAACAAGUUGAUAUCCACUAUGAGCUCCUCCACGAAAACCCUCUGCUUCCGAUCCUCGUCCUUCGCCUGCCCGAACAGGAAGCCAGCAAACCUUCCAAGAAGCCCGCAAAGCACGAUACGCAUAUCAGAUUAAUACCCUGCGCCCCUGAUGACUUGUUCCCCUGGUCAAAGCUCACACCAAACUCUACCAAUAUCCGAACGGAGACGACAGAGGCAAGCAAGAAGACGGUCACGAGCACUCCCUUCUACAACUCUACCCUCAAUGCUGAGAGGACUUUUAUCCAAUACCUCCGAGUCGUUACGAAUGCGAAAAACGAAUGCGCAGCGUUCGGGGAAGCCUGUAUUCUUGGCAGGAUAUGGCUUCAGCAGCGAGGAUUCGGCAGCGCCAUCUCUCGAGGUGGCUUCGGGCACUUUGAAUGGGCAGCCAUGAUUGCGCUCCUUUUGAAGAUGGGUGGCAGAAAUGGUGCCGCUGCUCUCUCUACGUCUCUGAGCGCCACUGAGCUCUUCAAGGCUGCCAUCCAGUUCCUGUCCACGACUGACUUUACCAAGAAGGCUUUUGCAUUCAACUCGGCCAAGGCGGCCGCUGACUCAAUGAAGGAGACAGGACCCGUCAUGUUCGACCCUACUCGGCAACUUAACCUCCUCUUUAAGAUGACACCUGGAUCUGCCAACUAUCUGCAUAUGUGUGCCAAGUCUACCACAGAGCUCCUCGCCGACGAGGCUUCCGACAAGUUUGACGCGACAUUCAUCACAAAAGUAGAUGUGCCGUCACAGGUGUUUGAUGCUGUGAUGGAAAUCAGGAACCCCAACCUUUCCAAGUAUGCCGCUUCGCCCGACCGUCGAAGCGAAAUUGCAGACUUUGGCCUCGACGCUUCUAGAAUCCUGCACAAAGCAUUUGGCAAGCGCGCGCAAUUGGUCUGCGUUCAGCCGCCCUCGAGAAAGCAGUGGAAACUCGCUGGUACCUGCCCGCCUGCCCCGGCCGCUGUUACUGUUGGCGUCAUCUUCGACCUGGUGCACAUGAGCAGACAAAUGGAACACGGUCCGUCUGCUGAGGAGCAGAAGGAAGCGGCUAGAUUCCGUCAGUUCUGGGGCGAGAAAGCUGAGUUGCGUCGUUUUAAAGACGGCAGUAUCCUAGAAUGUGUCGAGUGGACGAGCAAGCUCCCUCUUCACAUUUGCCAAGAAAUCGCCCAGUACGCUUUGAACCGCCACCUGAAGCUCGCUCAAGAAAACGUGCAGCUUGUCAGCCAAGACCUGGCCGGUGUCAUUGACAUGUCCCAUCUCGACAAAUCAGCGUUCGAUGCCGCACGAAGAUCUUUUCAAACCUUUGAGCACGACAUCCGGACCCUGGAAGACCUGCCGCUUCAAAUACGUCAGCUCUCGCCCGUCUCUGCGCUUGCCCGCUACGCGUCCGUCGAGGCGCCGCCGGUCGGCUUCCACAAGGACACGAUUGAGCCCAUCGACGUCAAUCUCUACUUUGAGCAGUCGAGCAAAUGGCCCGAGAACCUGACCGCCAUCCAAGAGGCCAAGAUUGAGUUCCUACUUGACAUUGACCGCCGGCUCACUGGCGCGCACGAGAACAUCAAGACGUACCUCGGCCGCGAGAACAGGGACAUUGGCAUCGCCAAUCUCGCCUUCCUCGACGUCCUCUACGACAGCGGUGCCGCGUUCCGGCUGCGUAUCCACUGCGACCUCGAAGAGACCCUUCUCGAGCGGCAGGCCAAGAACAAGGUGCUCGACCCGCACGCGCGCGACGAGGCCAAGCAGGCCAGCCUGCGCUUCCACUGGCUCUUCGACGUCCUCCCGCUCCACACGCAGACGAUCGCGACGUACUGCACGCGCCUGCCAGCGCUCUCACCGACCAUCCGCCUCGUCAAGCGCUGGUUCGCCGCGCACAAGCUCGCCGGCCACGUCCGCGAGGAGCUCGUCGAGCUGCUUGCUCUGCACGCCUUCCUGCAGCCGUACCCGUGGGCGACGCCGUCGUCGGCGACCACGGGCUUCCUGCGCACGCUGGCGCUGCUCGCGCGCUGGGACUGGCGCGAGCGGCCGCUCGUCCUCGACACCGCCGAGGAGAUGACACCCGCCGACCGCGCCGCCGUCCAGGCCACGCUCGACGGCUGGCGCCGCCGCGACCCCGCCAUAAACACGACGCCCGUCCUGGUCGUGGCCACCGCCUUCGCGCCGUCCGGCGCCGCGUACACCCAGGACCACGGCCCGGGCAAGCUCGUCGCCGCACGCAUGACGCGCCUCGCCAAGGCCGCCUGCAAGCUCCUCCGCGGCGGCUCUGCGCGCCUCGACGUCGAGGCGCUCUUCGAGCCCGCGCUGCACGACUUUGACGUGCUCAUCCGCCUCUCGGCCAAGGCGCUGCGCGUCGUCGCGCGCGAGACGGGCUGCGACGCCGUGGCUCCCCGCGCGUCGCAGUUCCGCAACCUCGACGGCGUGGCCGGCGGCCGCGCGCCGCUGCCUGUGCGCGCACGGCCCGUCGACGUGCUCGUCGAGGAGCUGCGGCGCGUCUAUGCGGACACGCUCGUCUUCUUCCCCGGUGGCGAUGACGGCGACGACGGGGCGACGAUUGCGGCGCUGUGGGAUCCGCGGUCGCUGCGGAGGUCCAAGUUCCGCGCCGGCCUGCCGUACAACUUUUGCUCGGUGCCGGGUGAGGAUGGCGAUGGGGAGGGGGAGGAGGAUGUGGUGGGGGUCAAUCGGAAGGCGGUCCUGCUGGAGAUUGCGCGCAUCGGCGGCGCGCUCAUCAAGUCGAUCGAGAUGGUCGCCGGGGACGACGACGAAGAGUAA